AUGGCUUGCAGAAAGUACCAAGCGCCCUGCACGGUGGAUUCUUCCAGCAGACUGAGCACAGGGGGUUCAGAGGAGCUGCCCAGCGGACUAACGAGGGUCCGGCCUCAGAAAGGGUCUCGGAGAGCCCAGAGGCAGGAAAGCACCCGGAGACGCAGGCCUCCGCCUUCUCCAGGGUCGGCAGGCAGCGCUGCGCGGGGUCGCGGACUGGGCUGGGCUGGGCUGGGCUGGGCGCGCCGCGGCCUGGCGCCCACUUCCGCUCCUCGGCAGCUGGGGAGCUCCCCGGGCGGAGGGAGAGGGGCGCGGGGCGGGCCUCGGCGCCCAGGCGGCGUGACCUUCCCGGGCGUCCAGGGAAGCGGCGAGAGCUGCCACGCACGUGCCGCGGGACCCGCGCGCCGCCCAGGGAUGGCCCGCCGGGGUCGCUGGAGAAUCUCAGGGUCAUCGGCCUCCUCCCCCCAGUGCCUACCUGGAUAUGUGGUGCCUGUCAUAAGGUCCAGCGAGCUGCCUUCCAUGAGACCAGCAGAAGAGUGGGCAAACGUGAAGUCCAGUCCUGCUGCCCAGGCUGCCAUUGACCUCACGGCAGGGGCUGCAGAUAUCUUCUACCGAGGAGGAGAACUGGAAGACACUCAAAUUACUCUUCAGAUCCAGGUGACAAGCCAGGACUGCUAAGCGAGUUCCUUGGGAAACUAAUCUCCAAAAAGGACACAAGACAUCCAUACAUGUUACCUGAACUCCUUUCAGGGAGAGUAUUGCAUGAAGUCUGAAAUCAUACUUUGAUAAGCUGCUUGGGAGCACAGACUGACUUCCCUCAUGGGACAUGAAUAAGUAGCUAGCUAAAUUGCCUUCUAAGGAAGGUGAGAAUGGCAAACUAUCCUAAAAUAACGUGAUCACGCAGAAUUCUUAAAUGCUUUUUGGUAGACAGGAGAAACCACAGAAGUUUGAGUUAGGUGAAGGUUAGCUACACCUUUAUAAUCACGCUACCAGGUUAUAAUGAAAAGCAGCUCUCCAAUCAAAUCUGCCACACAUACAGAUAUUCAUUUAACAAAACAUUCAGUAGCAAGCAGGCACGGUACAUAAGCUUCUGUAAGCUUUCUGUACUUUAGGUGCUCCAAGCAUGAAAGGUUCAUUCUCAACAGAAUCCUAAUAUUCCAGAGGCCAAAAUCUUCCUAAACCUUCCUGGAGAUAGGACCAUAUGAGGAUCAAGCCUGGGGUGUCAUCUCUAAGUAUACACUACAGGCCACAUUCAUAAACUUUUAUCCUGUUUAUGCAAGGGUGGGCUGUCUCCAAAACACUUUAGCUGAUUCACAGAUCUUAAAAUGUCAUAUAAUUGUAACAUCCAUCAUGCUGCUUUGUAAGUCACCAAUCUCACUAAUAAAAGCCCAUCUGUGACCUUCAACUGUAAUAAUUAACAAUGUUUCAGGUGUUGAGAUGGGACCACUGAAGCCCUUUCGGUGGCCAUCUCUGUGGAGUGGCUUCCAGAGCUAAGCACUAGGUCACCAUCCUGAACAGAGCAUCCACCAUUAGGGCAAGCAGCCACCCCUAUAGGAAAGAUGAAAGCGACCAGUAGAUGCAUGUUAUCACACUGCCUAAAAUGUCCUAUUUUUAAGGACAUUAACAGGCAUAGAAUGAAGCUUGUUUUAUUUUUACAAUUUUUUUUCUAUUUCUAUUAUUUUUCUAUCUCAUAACUUUUCUAUUUCUAUUUGCUGGGUCACAGACAGCAGCAAAUUCCAUACCUUUGGGGUUAUACCAGCUCAUGUGCAAUAGAAAUAGAAAUAUCAAAGCUCUCAGUCUACCACCUUCUGCUCCAGAGAUGUGGCCCAAGCACACCUUUGGACGUGAACCAGGGCAACCCAAGGCAGAGCUGGAUACCUGGGAGUUUCUCCCUGUAAGCCCUGGACCUGCUUACCUGAAAGCCAGACUGCUUCUGGCGCCACUGCCGCUCAGAAGAAGUUGGGGUCGGUUCAGCCACUAAAAUGACACAAGUCUCAGGUCUCGUGUCUUCAGUACAACUUUCUCUAAGAGGGAGAAAUUUAUUCAAGAUCCUGUUAGCACUUUUCUCUCCUGUUGCCUUUCAGGAUUAUAGCUUUUCCUUUUUUCAUUUUUUAAUUCCCAAAACCAAGCUUGUUAGAUCAAAUCUUUACCCCAUUCCUGGCAAAUAACAAGGUUAUUACUAUUUGGCCCUACACCCACUAGUUGUCCCCCCAGUACCCUGAGGAUAAGGGGACUCCGUAAGGUCCCUGGGAGGGGAAAGGAAUAUCAAUUAGUGGUCCCCCCAACUGGCUAUAAGCAAACUUUCCUGUCUGUGGGCCCCAGAGACCACCACCUAGUUCCCCCACCAAAACUUUACAUGAUUUUAAUUCUCCUGAUGAGGAUGAGAGGACAACAUUAGCCAAAAGAGAGGGCAGAGGAUGGGAUGGGACUACCUUGCUCAGAGACCCUCACCUCUAGGUCUUUACCUCGUAUUGAGAAUAAGCCAGUACUGGAUUAAGAACUCUGUGUCCAUGGCAACCCCAAACAGAAUCCUGGUGCUCUUGAGAUUAUCUCGUAGAGUAGGGAAUAAAACGAGCUUGGUCCAAGACUGCAGAGACUUAAAAACACGCUGUUCUGCCACACAUACAGAUACUGAUUAAAGAUGAGGGAAAAGGGCAUGGGGUCAGGGAGAAUGUACCAAAACCAAAGACCACAGGAUAAUCACCUUAGAGCAGAGACGAUCUCUCCAGUUAUUUUUUCUUUUGUAUGUAAUGGAGGGGAUUCUUCUUAUUUAUGCUGAUGAACUUUUUAUCAAGUGUUCGGCUUCCUUUGUGGGUUAGAGAGAAUAACCAGAGGGCUCAGUAUUUUCUAGACCAUAUUAAAUUUCACUAAAGUAAGCAAGGUUGAUAGGACUUGCAAGGGAAACUUCAUUGACUCAAGCUAUCAUUUUCUAGGAUUGUGAGAAAAUAAAUAGGUGUACAUUUAAAAUACACUGAUAUUCUAGCUAAAAGAGAGGAUUUUGAGUGUUCUUACAGCAAAGAAAUGGUAAAUGUUUAAGGCAAUGGAUAUGCUAAUUACCAUGAUUUGAUCAUUAUACCAUGUAAAAUGUACUGAAACAUCACACUGUACCUCAUAAAUAUGUACAAUUUGUUAUGUAUCCAUUAAAAUUUUGAUUAUAAGAAAAAAUAAACUUCAAAUGUAAGAAAACAACCCAACUUUUAAAAAAUGGGCAAAAUAUGUGAACAGAUACUUCACUAAUAAAGAUUUGCAACUGACAAGCAAA